CUCAAAUUGGGCGAGAUAAAAACGGUCGUUUGGUCGGGCAGAGGGUAGAGCGAGACGCACUCUGUCGCCAUUGGACGGACGUUGUUAGAUAUGUUUGGUUGAUAAGAGUGGGUUGGCGAAGUCGCGUCGCGAUCACGAGCGGGCAACCAUGAGUCGAGCAAACGCAUAAAACCGACUGAUCAACCUGAUCCACCGCUACAGUCGGUCGCCGUAAGCGUAGCCGUGCGCAACAACAUUCAACAGACGACAUUUUACACUGCUACUACUGCUGCUGCUCGAUCAACGUCGAGGUCACUCUUACCAAAGGUCGUUCGCUUACGAUUGCGCUGUCGAUCCCAUACCCACCCCUCCGAUCCAACACCGGCGGAUCCCUAAUCAGAUUUGCAAUCAACCAGUGUGAGGCCAACUGUGCCAAAAUGUGUGAGGCCAGCAAGCGGAAGGUAGCGUGCGAGCGGCAGUAUCGGGAAUGGGAGGAGAACGAAGAGAUCCGAAUCUUCCGCGAGUAUCUGCGCAUCCCCACGGUUCACCCUAAUGUGAAUUAUGACGAAUGCGUGGAGUUUCUCAAACGCCAGGCGGCCUCUCUCGAGCUGCCGGUGCAGGUGAUCGAGGUGAACCCGCGCAAACCGAUCGUCGUGAUCACCUGGGAAGGCACGGAGCCGGAAGCUAAGUCGAUCAUAUUGAACUCGCACAUGGACGUGGUACCUGUGUACGCGGAGCAUUGGAACCGACCGCCGUUUGCGGCAGAGAUGGACGAAGAGGGUCGCAUCUAUGCCCGAGGUGCUCAGGAUAUGAAGUGCGUUGGGAUGCAGUUCCUCGCGGCCAUCCGCGCGUUGCAGCGCGAUGGCGUGCGGCUAAAGCGCACCCUACAUGCGACUUUCGUCCCGGAUGAGGAAAUUGGCGGCAAGCUUGGCAUGAUGGAGUGGGUCCACAAGGAGUCGUUCCGGCAACUGAAUGUCGGCUUCUCGAUCGACGAGGGCAUUGCCGGUGAGGGCGAGGAUUAUCCGCUGUUCUAUGGCGAGCGUAGCGUUUGGCACGUGUAUUUCAACAUUUCUGGUACGCCCGGGCAUGGUUCGCUACUGCUGAAAGGUACGGCGGGUCAGAAGGCACACUUUAUCAUCGAUAAGUUGAUGCGGUUCCGUGAGCAAGAGGUCAAGCGGCUGGAAAACAAUCCAGACUUCACGAUCGGCGACGUCACUACGGUCAAUUUGACUAUCAUGAAGGGAGGCGUGCAGGAGAACGUGGUACCGCCGGAGCUGACGGUAUGCUUUGAUAUUCGGCUGGCGGUGAACGUUAACCAUCUGGAGUUCGAAAACCAGCUGCUCGACUGGUGUCGGGAGGCCGGCGGUGGUAUUGAGCUCGAGUACGACCAGAAGUGCCCGUACGUGAAGCCAACCAAGCUGGACGACUCCAACAUCUACUGGGUCGCGUUUAAGCAGGCGCUUGACGAACUCGGCCUUAAGGUUAAGCCGCAGAUUUUCCCGGGGGGUACAGAUAGUCGGUACAUUCGUGGCAUUGGCAUUCCAGCCAUCGGAUUCUCGCCCAUGAACAACACGCCGGUACUGCUACACGAUCACGACGAGUUCCUCAAAGCGGACACUUACCUCGAAGGCAUUCGCAUUUAUCGCCAGAUCAUCACCAGGGUGGCGAACGCAUAACGCUCACGGUCCGUUCCCGAACCGCAAACCACAUCCCAUUCCUGCAUUUCCCAUCCCAUCGAGCCCAGUUAUCGAAAUGCCGCAAAGAUUUUGGUAGCAAGCGAUUCCGAAAUACAAAAAAAGGAAUUAAAAACCCAAGAUGUUUCUUUCGCACG